GUCAUCCCCGCGGACCCUGUCUGCUGAUGGGCCAAGGGAUGGAAACUCCACAUCACAUUCUGGAAACUCUGGCCUCUCCCCUUCCCCAGCACAGAGGCCCUACUGGACCCUUGGCUCUUCCUCGGACUUCUCGUGCUUGCUGAAAACCUCGGUCUUGGUCGUGAAAGGUGAGCCAUGUGCGCGCUCCCGAUGCGCGCGUUGCCGCCGCCGCUGCUGCUGCUGCUGCUGCUGCUGCUGUGCGCGUGGCGGGCGCGGGCGGGCGCCCCGCGCUGCACCUACACCUUCGUGCUGCCCCAGCACAAGUUCACGGGCGCCGUGUGCUGGAGCGGCUCCGCCCCCGCGCGCCCGACGCCGGACGCCGUCAACGCCAGCGAGGUGGCGGCGCUGCGCAUGCGCGUGAGCCGCCACGAGGAGCUGCUGCGCGAGCUGCAGCGGCUGGCGGCCGCUGACGGCGCCGUGGCGGGCGAGGUGCGCGCGCUGCGUAAGGAGAGCCGGGGCCUGAGCGCGCGCCUGGGCCAGCUGCGCGCGCAGCUGCAGCACGAGGCGGGGCCUGGCCAGGGGGCGGAGCCCGCCGCCGGGGCGGGGCCGGGGGCGGAGCCUGCCGCCGCGUUGGCGCUGCUCGGGGAGCGCGUGCUCAACGCCUCCGCCGAGGCGCAGCACGCGGCCGCGCGCUUCCACCAGCUGGACGUCAAGUUCCGCGAGCUGGCACAGCUGGUCAGCCAGCAGAGCGGCCUCAUCGCCCGCCUGGAGCGCCUGUGCCCCGGGGGCGCCGCUGGGCAGCAGCAGGUCCUGCCACCACCCCUGGUGCCUGUGGUUCCUCUGAGUCUGGUGGGUGGCACCAGUAACACCAGCAGCAGGUUGGACCCAGCCCCAGAGCCUCAGAGAGACCACACAUUGAGACAGCAGGGGCCCCAGGCCUCCCCCUUGUCUGCAGGGCACCCUGCUGCUCCCACCAAGCCAGCUGGCCCCUGGCGGGACUGCGCAGAGGCCCAGCAGGCGGGCCACGGGCAGAGCAAAGUGUAUGAGCUGCAGCUGGGCCGGCGUGUGGUCUCGGCGUGGUGUGAGCAACAGGUGGAGGGUGGGGGCUGGACUGUGAUCCAGCGGCGACAAGACGGGUCCGUCAACUUCUUCACGAACUGGCAGCACUACAAGGUGGGCUUUGGACGGCCCGAUGGGGAAUACUGGCUGGGCCUCGAACCCAUAUACCAGCUGACCAGCCGCGGGGACCAUGAGCUGCUGGUGCUUCUGGAGGACUGGGGGGGCCGGGGGGCACGUGCCCACUACGACAGCUUCUCUCUGGAACCCGAGAGUGACCAUUACCGCCUGCGGCUUGGCCAGUACCAUGGUGAUGCAGGAGAUUCUCUGUCCUGGCACAGCGACAAGCCUUUCAGCACCAUGGAUAGAGACAGAGACUCCUAUUCUGGUAACUGUGCCCUGUACCAGCGUGGGGGCUGGUGGUACCAUGCCUGUGCCCACUCCAACCUCAACGGUGUGUGGCACCACGGUGGUCACUACCGGAGCCGCUACCAGGACGGCGUCUACUGGGCUGAGUUCCGCGGUGGGGCAUACUCUCUGAGGAAGGCUGCGAUGCUGAUCCGGCCUGUGAGGCUGUGACUACCUGUUCCUCUGUCCCCUAGGGCC